UGCUACUGCUAGUAAACAGUGAAGUCAAAUAGAAUAGUAAAAGUGGAUUUGUUAAUUGUUUCUUGUAGUUUGUUAGAAUAGAGACGUACAAAAUACAUUUUGGGGGUGCUUUAAGAUGGACUGGAAAAUUGCUAGAACUUUGAGAAACGCACCUUACCAGGAUGAAUUCAAAUACCUGUUUUUACUCCCUGAUAUUAAAAAUAUCAAGAAGAAAAAGGAAAAAAUUAUCAAAGUACACCUGCCAUCCCUGGGAGUGUUGUGUACAAACUUGAAACACUUCAUGGGCAUAGGACAAAACAUAAAACCCUAUGUGUUACGAAUCCUUCAGAGACAUCCAGGUACUGCUUUGAACGUUCAUACCAAAAUGCUUUUGGGAAUCAUCAUUGUUCAUCACUUCAAGGCCACAGAAGUAUUAGACAAGAUUGAGGAGUUAAUAUGUAGUUCAAAUAGUGAAAUAAUGGCUUUGACAACAUUGACACCACCUCCAAGUCCUCGUAGUUUUACACCUGAGGUAAUACCACCGUACUCUUCGGAUGAUGAAUCCUCUCCAUCUCCAAGGAAGCAACGUAAAUUUGAUGAUCCAUCAGCAGUGGAAGAACUACUGUUAACUCCGAGGAGACAAAGAUUACGAAGACUCCCAAGACGGCUGGAUCCAGUCAGCAUCACAAUGUCUGACGAUGAUUCAAGCAUCUGCUCUCAAGACGUACAUUACCUGAGAGAUCUCUUUACAACGAUCACAGAGUUUGAUGAUUAUCAGAGGAUUGAUGAGGAGGAUUUGUUGAAAUUCCCUGGUUCACCAAGCAAUGCACACAAUAAAGUACAGUACCAGUUGUCUUCGCCUGUCAACAAAGAUACCCCAUGCCAAUUAUUGACUGAGAACUUGCUCACGUCCGGACCUUCAGAUGUGGAGUUGAUGGGACUGUGUGAGAACGAAUUCAACAGGUGUUUUGAGAAAAGGGUGGCGAGAUCUCCAGUCCUGCUGGUGUCAGAUAUACCCCUCGUUCCUCGAUUGUCUCCCCUCACCCACACUGUGAGUGACAUAACUCAUCCUAAACCUCUUUCCUUAGCACCUCCAGUUGUGGCUGAAGAGCCAGGUCUCAUCUCCCCAACCAUUCAUUUUCCAGUACUCGCUGGAUCACAUGUUACGUUAGAUCCUCUUUUGCCAUCCUUUCCUGUCCUCUCUGACUUGCCUGAGGAGAUGUCUUUGCCACCUUCACAACAAUGGGGCAUCAGACGACCUCUGAGUGACGUACCGGUUGAACCAGAAAGUCCACAACAAAAACGCAGGAAGGUUCAAAUGUGGUCAAAGAAAGUUCGGACAGGGCGUAGAGAAAUUGGAGCAAGAGUACUGGCGGAUAAUCCAAUUGGGAUCCUUGAUUUUACAAGAAACCCUGAUUUAAUAGAGAGAGUCAGACCUCCUAUAAUAAGAUGUCCCCCAAGAAGAGACAACAGAACCAGAAGGUGGUUGACACAAGACCUAAAUAGGCACAGGCUGCAGUCUGGUUAUGGCUGA